GCUUGCGCGGAGGGAGCCGCGAGACAGGUGCGCGUGCGCAGUGCGCGUCUGCGAGACCGACUUGGACGGACCGGAGCUGAGCCUCAGCUGCCUGCCCGUGGUCAGGGUUUUGGCAACUCCCUGGUGUGAGAGGGGUCGGGAGUGCUCCCGGCGGCGACGGGGCCGAGAUCACCAGCGGCCGGAGCAGUAGUCGAAGGCCCGGCGCGGCAUGUCCUGGGUGCCGCGGUGCGGGCAGUGAACGCGCGCCGGGCGGGAUGGGCCGGCGCCGGGCGCCAGAGCUGUACCGGGCUCCGUUCCCGUUGUACGCGCUUCAGGUCGACCCUAGCACAGGGCUGCUCAUCGCUGCGGGCGGAGGAGGCGCUGCCAAGACAGGCAUAAAGAAUGGCGUGCACUUUCUGCAGCUAGAGCGGAUUAAUGGGCGCUUGAGUGCCUCCUUGCUGCACUCCCAUGACACAGAGACACGGGCCACCAUGAACUUGGCACUGGCUGGUGACAUCCUUGCUGCAGGGCAGGAUGCCCACUGUCAGCUCCUGCGCUUCCAGGCCCAUCAACAGAAGGGCAACAAGGCAGAGAAGGCCGGUUCCAAGGAGCAGGGGCCUCGACAAAGGAAGGGAGCAGCCCCAGCAGAGAAGAAAUGUGGAGCGGAAACUCAGCAUGAGGGGCUAGAACUCAGGGUAGAGAAUUUGCAGGCGGUGCAGACAGACUUCAGCUCCGAUCCACUGCAGAAAGUUGUGUGCUUCAACCGCGAUAAUACCCUGCUUGCCACUGGAGGGACAGAUGGCUACGUCCGUGUCUGGAAGGUACCCAGCCUGGAGAAGGUUCUGGAGUUCAAAGCCCACGAAGGGGAGAUUGAAGACCUGGCUUUAGGGCCUGAUGGCAAGUUGGUAACUGUGGGCCGGGACCUUAAGGCCUCUGUGUGGCAGAAGGAUCAGCUGGUGACACAGCUGCACUGGCAAGAGAAUGGACCCACCUUUUCCAGCACACCUUACCGCUACCAGGCCUGCAGGUUCGGGCAGGUUCCAGACCAGCCUGCUGGCCUGCGACUCUUCACAGUGCAAAUUCCCCACAAGCGCCUGCGCCAGCCCCCUCCCUGCUACCUCACAGCCUGGGAUGGCUCCAACUUCUUGCCCCUUCGGACCAAGUCCUGUGGCCAUGAAGUCGUCUCCUGCCUCAAUGUCAGUGAGUCCGGCACCUUCCUAGGCCUGGGCACAGUCACUGGCUCUGUUGCCAUCUACAUAGCUUUCUCUCUCCAGUGCCUCUACUACGUGAGGGAGGCCCAUGGCAUUGUGGUGACGGAUGUGGCCUUUCUACCUGAGAAGGGUCGUGGUCCAGAACUCCUUGGGUCCCAUGAAACUGCCCUGUUCUCUGUGGCUGUGGACAGUCGUUGCCAGCUGCAUCUGUUGCCCUCACGGCAGAGUGUUCCUGUGUGGCUCCUGCUCCUGCUGUGUGUCGGGCUUAUUGUUGUGACCAUCCUGCUGCUCCAGAGUGCCUUUCCAGGUUUCCUUUAGCUUCCCUCCUUCCUGGGAAUCAGGAGCCUGGACACUGCCAUCUCUAGAGCAGAGUGGAGGCCUGAACUCCCUUUGCUCACUCCAUUUGGGUCCACAGCUGAGGUUGCCUCUGACAAGAUGAAUGGGCACUGCCUGCCCUUCUAGUGAAAAGGCUUGGUUAUGGCCCUGCGUGACUCCAGGUCCCAGGAACCUUGCCUUCAUCAUCUGUGGAUCCAUCCAGAACAGCAGUAUCUGAAGCCCAGGCCAUACUCCCUGCCUCCUUCCUUCUGCCUACCAGAGGCUCCAGAGUUGAGCUUGUCCUUUCUCUAGAAACAUGUGAAGAUGCCCAAGAGCCUGGAGGCACUGCUGUCUUUCCUGCAGAAACAGUUUCUCCUUCCCUCAGCCCUGUGGCCAGUUCCUCUUCACAUGAAGCCCCUGGCAUUUGCUGGGGAAGGGAAUGGCCUGGUACUUGCUGUUAGGGCAGGAAGGGGCAAAAGGAAGACUUGGGUAGUAAUCUGGGGGUUCAGAUGGGUAGCACUAAGCCAGCCAGCCUAAAGAUGCAAUAAGUUCCUAGGUAGUCUACCCUAACCUUGAGGAAUGGGAAAAUGAACCUCAGCCCAUUAGGCAGGAAAAGUUGAUAUUUAAUAAACAAGGAAAGAGUGAACUGAGACC